GGGUACAAAUAGAUUAGUUGAAACAAAUAUGAAAAAUAGAAUGAGGAACAUUGUGAGCGGCAGAUGAGAAAUAAAUAUGGCGAUCGAUGCUGUGCAUCUUUUUUGUUGAAGAGUGAUCGUUGUUUUUAGUAUACCAAUAGAAAUAAAAUAAAAAGAAAAGAAAAGUAGUUGAAAUGUUUAAAGGCUGAGAGGGAUGUUGCUUUAGUUGUAACGCCCUCACAAUCAUCCGCAAAAUGCUGCACUCAAUUUCAUUUUCUCCGUACUCUUACCACAUGCCGCUCUCUUCUCUACGCUCCCUCAACACUACGCCGUUUCAUCUCAUCAUUCCCCGCCGGCGCUUCAAUCUGCCGGCACUCCAAUCAAAUGAGUGAAUUCUGUGAAGUUGAAAUGAAAGUCCGUGAUUAUGAGUUGGAUCAAUAUGGUGUGGUCAACAAUGCAGUCUAUUCAAGUUAUUGCCAACACGGUCGUCAUGAACUCUUGGAAAGCAUUGGUAUUAAUUGUGAUGCUGUAGCUCGUACCGGCGAUGCAUUGGCAUUAUCAGAGUUAUCAAUAAAAUUCCUUGCACCACUAAGAAGUGGGGAUAAAUUUGUAGUGAAGGUUAGGAUUUCUGGAUCUUCAGCAGCACGGUUAUACUUCGAUCACUUCAUCAUUAAGCUUCCAAACCAAGAGCCUAUUUUGGAGGCUAAGGCUACGGCUGUUUGGCUUGACAAAAACUAUCGGCCGAUUCGAAUUCCAGCAGAGAUGAAGUCGAAGUUUGUGAAAUUUAUUCGAAACGAGGCCUCUUAAUUUGGUUGCUAGAAUGCAAUAUUACAAAGAUGCAUCGAAAUUGCCUUCCCCGUUGAUGUUAUUGAUUUCGAAUUUCAGCAACUGCAAAGAAGAGUUAUCUUUGGUGAUCUUACUAUAGUUAGAUAUUGCGAUCUCCCUUUGGAAUUGAUUCCGUGUACUCAUUGGUGACUAAAUUUAGAGGGAUUAGUGUUUUGGUUUAUAUUUUACUAUAUAUUUAGCUUUGUGCCCGUUUAGGUGUCCUGUGUAAGAGUUGGGCCAUGAUAUUACAUUAUUUGAUCGAUAACUAUACAAGUAUGUAUAAGCGAUCAUGCAAAGUGUAUACCAAAGAUCAGCUACUACAUUAGGCAUUCGUAGAAUACAUAUUGAGAUACAAAAUACAUAUUGAAAAUGAGUUAAACAAUACAUGUAUUUAUAUACAAAUACAUAGUGACUGAUUUGAUAGUUGA